AGGACGAGAAGUUUCUAAUCUUAUUAUCUCAACCUCAAAUAAUCCAGUAGGAGCAUCACCUCGGCGUUACUCCUCCUGUUAAUGUUGAUCUCCACACUGCAAACAAACAAACCUGCACAUCAGACACAUUUUAAUGUAUAUCAACCAUGUCGGAUAUGCAGGACACUCUGUUACUGGGAUCUGAAGGCAUCAAGAAAACCAUCCUGCAUGGAGGAACCGGAGACAUCCCAAAAUUAAUCACUGGAGCAAAGGUGACAUUUCACUUCCGCACUCAGCUAUGUGAUGAUGACCGUACAGUGAUAGAUGACAGCAAAGCCGUUGGCACACCGAUGGAAAUAGUGAUCGGAAACAUGUUUAAACUGGACAUUUGGGAGACCCUGUUGUCUUCUAUGAGGAUCGGUGAGGUUGCAGAGUUCUGGUGUGACACCAUUCACACUGGAAUUUAUCCAAUUGUGUCAAAAAGUAUGAGGCGCAUUGCAGAGGGCAAAGACCCAGUUGACUGGCACAUCCAUACAUGUGGCAUGGCUAACAUGUUCGCCUACCACAGCCUGGGCUACGAUGACCUUGAUGAACUGAUGAAGGAACCCAAACCCCUCUACUUUGUCCUGGAGCUGCUCAGGGUGCAGCAGCCAAGUGAGUACAACAGGGAGUCCUGGGCUCUGAGUGAUGAGGAGAGGCUGAAGGUUGUGCCUGUGCUGCAUGGCCAGGGCAACCGGCUCUAUAAGCUGGGACGCUACCAAGAGGCUACACAAAAGUACAAAGAGGCCAUCAUCUGCAUUAAAAACGUGCAGACAAAGGAAAAAGCCUGGGAAGUGGCGUGGCUGAAGCUGGAGAAGAUGGCCAACACAUUGACACUCAACUACUGCCAAUGUCUUCUACGCAUGGAGGAGUUUUAUGAGGUCAUCGAACACACAAGCGACAUCAUCAACCAACAUCCAGGUAUAGUGAAGGCCUUUUACCUGCGUGCGAAAGCCCACAUGGAGGUGUGGAAUGAGGCGGAGGCUCGGCAGGACUUCAGCAGGGUCUUGGAGCUGGACCCCAGCAUGAAGAAAGCUGUCAAGAAGGAACUGGCUGUGCUCAACAUGCGCAUGGAAGAGAAGAACCAAGAGGACCGGAAGAAGUACAACGGCAUGUUCUGACCGGGAUGCUAACAGAAAACACAUUCUAUACCCAUCAAAGUCACACUUACUUUUUCUGCUGGAAAAGCGAAGCAGCGGCUGUGACAUUUCCAGUAAAGCUACUGGUCAAAUCAAAUAAAUGAGGAUUUCAUUGUCUUUCAG